CUCGGAUUUGGACGAGAGAGCGCUCGUAAAGCUUAGUGUAGAGGCGCAUUGAUUAUGUCUGUCGGAUAGCUUUAUCAUUUACGAGUGUCAGAUGUAGCUCGUCUGCAUUCAGGAAACGGCGCAGAUAAAGGCAGUUGAACCAACAACGAAGAUUGAUUCACCCGGCGGUUAAACUGUGGGGUAACCGCGGUCAAUACUGGCCCUUUUAUCUAGUUUUAAAGUGAUAUACUUUCAGUGUUUUGUAUAUUUUGUAUUCGAGUUGAUAAUGCUGGAUGGUCGAACUGAUGAAGUUCACAAGAGACAUUUGCCGACUGCUGGGUAUUGGAGGCGAUGGGCCAGGUGAGCAGGAGGAGAUGGAGCGGGGAGGAGGGAGGAGGAAGAGGGGGUCCAGGUCCAGCCGCGGGUGGAGAGGUCCUGAGUGGGGAGGAGGAGUUGAGUGAGGAGGAGAAGACCAGAAGGAGAGCAGAGAGACGCAGGGCUAAGAGAAAGAGACAGAAAGAACGAAAGAAACUGGAGAAGGAGAAGAGCACGGAUGCUGAGCAGGAGGGAGAAGCGUCAGAGUCUGAGAGUGAAAGUGAGGAGGAGGAGGAGGUAGAGAGGGUAGUACCUCCUGCCAAGAACAAGCCCACGCCUCCUCUCGCUGUGUCUGGGAACAAGAGCAACCGCCAGCCCCCUGUCAGGAUCCCAGAGGAGGAGCCAGAGUGGGACGUCCGCAGUGCGUUUGUGGCCAACGCUGCCAGUCACAUCAGACCCAAAGCCAGGACCAGUGCAGGCCACGCCUCUAGAGAGAACAAGGAGAACGAGUCUAGGACCAGCGAGGUGGUGAGUUCAGACCCUGUGAAGAAGAAGGGAGCUUCACUAACAGAGAAGGGUAUUCAGUUGUUUAAGCAGGGCCAGUACUCUCAGGCUGUGGACAUGUUCUCUGAGGCUCUCCACUGUGACCCCAAAGACCACAGGUUCUUUGGGAAUCGUUCAUACUGCUACUGGUGUCUGGAGCUCUACCCCUCUGCCCUAUCAGACGCUCAGAGGUCCAUCCAGCUCGCCCCUGAUUGGCCAAAGGGAUACUUCCGCAAGGGGAGUGCACUGAUGGGGUUGAAACGAUAUGGUGAGGCAGAGGGGGCCAUGCAGCAGGUGUUGAAGCUGGAUCAGGACUGUGAAGAGGCCUCCAUUGAGCUCUUCAACUGCAAGGUCCUGCAGCUCAUGGAUCUGGGCUUUGAAGAGGGGCAGAGUGUGUUGCUGUUGGAGAAGUUUACCACGGUUCAGGCUGCUCUCGGCUCCCCUGAGGCUGAUAGAGUGGUGGACCUCUCCUCCCCUGAGGACUCUACUGGGUCCCCCUGUCCCUCUCUCUGGGUGGGGAACGUCACCGUGGACCUCACUGAGAAGCACAUAUGGGACCUUUUCAAAACGUGUGGUGAGAUAGAGAGUAUCAGAGUUCUACAUGAGAGAUUCUGUGCCUUUGUCAACUUCAAGAAUGCUAACAUGGCCGCUCGCGCCUUAGAGAGGCUCCAGGGUGUGGAGCUGGAGAGCACCAGGCUGGUAAUCAGGUACCCAGACCGCUGGGUCCAGAGAACCCCUCCCUCUCCUCAGAGGACCAACCCUAUAGGCUUCAACACCUCCUCAGCCUCCCAGUACGCCUCCACAGGGACCAGGAGGAUGGCUCCCAUCAAUGGUGAUGAGUGUUUCUUCUGGAGGACCACUGGCUGUUUCUAUGGUGACAGGUGUCGCUUCAAACACAAGCCUGACCAGAGAGGAAGAGACAGGAAACCAUGGCAACCCUGACCACCACGCAGGGACUGGAUAGUACGGAGGGAGGAGAAUGAUGAGGAUGAGGGACUGUGUCCCUACUUUAAAAGGGAAGAGGAGGUUGAGGGUGGGGGGGGGGGGGGUCACCCCGUUUGUAGUCCUCUGGCACAGACCACAGAUCCCAGACAGAACACUGGACAUAUAUAACGAGUGUGUGAAGUGUCAAUCAAAGUGAAGAGGAGUGCACCUCUGAUUUCCUUCCCCCUCUCCCUCGGCCUGAGCUGUGAAACAUGGAAAUGACAUCAUCAUUAGAAGUUGAAGGGAUCUUUGCCCAGUGAACCUCCUCUAUGAUGACCAUGUUGUAGACACUAAGGGGGAUGACAUCUGUUGUUAUCAUGUGUUUUACUGUGUAUGUAUGGUCAUGUGACUGGACACCUGAAUGUGUCGCUUUGAGACUCAGUGCCAGCCUGAUGCCAUAGGGUGCCAAGUAAUUGUCCCUACAGGGGAUGAAUAAACAAUGCUUUUUAAUUGAAUAUGGGGCAUGUUCCAGGCAGACUAAAUUGCAGUCACCUGCCUUCUCUCACAACACCUGGAUAAGUGUUUGUUUAAGAUGUCAGCUGACCCAUCAUGAUAUAGCAAACUGAUGCAGGACUGCACAGUCAGUGACGUGGCACACAACCAUGAGUCAGUCUGGAACGUCACCAGUGUCCAUGGGGUGUUCUAACAUCCAGACCACCUUAAAUGAAACAAGUCGUGUCCUACUGUGGAUAUUGGAACAAGACCCGUAACACCUUCCUAAUAUUGAGUUGCUCCUCCAUCUUUCACCCUCAAAACAGCCACAAUUCAUCAUGGACUCUACAAGGUGUCGAAAGCGUUCCACAGGGAUGCUGGUCCAUGUUGACUCCAAUGCUUCCUACUGUUGUGUCAAGUUGGCUGGAUGUCCUUUGGGUGGUGGACCAUUCUUUAUACACACAGGAAACUGUUGAGCGUGAAAAACCCAGCAGUGUUGCAGUUCUUGACACACUCAAACCAGUGCACCUGGCACCGAAUACUGUACCCCGUUCCAAGACACUUCAAUCGUUUGUCUCGUCCAUUCACCCUCUGAAUGGCUCACAUACACAACCCAUGUCUCAAAGCUUAAACAUCCUUCUUUAACCUGACUCCUCCCCUUCAUCUACACCGAUUUGAAGUGGAUUUAACAAGUGAUCAUAUCUUUCACCUGGAUUCACCUGGUCAUUUAUGUUAUAGAAAUAGCAGGUAUUCCUAAUAUUUUGUACACACAGUGUUCGCUUGGUGGACUAAUACAUGUCUGUUCAGUGGACUAAUACAUGUCUGUUCAGUGGACUAGUACAUGUCUGUUCAGCGGACUAGUACAUGUCUGUUCAGUGGACUAGUACAUGUCUGUUCAGUGGACUAGUACAUGUCUGUUCAGUGGACUAGUACAUGUCUGUUCAGUGGACUAGUACAUGUCUGUUCAGUGGACUAGUACAUGUCUGUUCAGUGGACUAGUACAUGUCUGUUCAGUGGACUAGUACAUGUCUGUUCAGCGGACUAGUACAUGUCUGUUCAGUGGACUAGUACAUGUCUGUUCAGUGGACUAGUACAUGUCUGUUCAGCGGACUAGUACAUGUCUGUUCAGUGGACUAGUACAUGUCUGUUCAGUGGACUAGUACAUGUCUGUUCAGCGGACUAGUACAUGUCUGUUCAGCGGACUAGUACAUGUCUGUUCAGUGGACUAGUACAUGUCUGUUCAGUGGACUAGUACAUGUCUGUUCAGUGGACUAGUACAUGUCUGUUCAGUGGACUAGUACAUGUCUGUUCAGUGGACUAGUACAUGUCUGUUCAGUGGACUAGUACAUGUCUGUUCAGCGGACUAGUACAUGUCUGUUCAGCGGACUAGUACAUGUCUGUUCAGCGGACUAGUACAUGUCUGUUCAGCGGACUAGUACAUGUCUGUUCAGCGGACUAGUACAUGUCUGUUCAGCGGACUAGUACAUGUCUGUUCAGCGGACUAGUACAUGUCUGUUCAGCGGACUAGUACAUGUCUGUUCAGCGGACUAGUACAUGUCUGUUCAGCGGACUAGUACAUGUCUGUUCAGCGGACUAGUACAUGUCUGUUCAGCGGACUAGUACAUGUCUGUUCAGCGGACUAGUACAUGUCUGUUCAGCGGACUAGUACAUGUCUGUUCAGCGGACUAGUACAUGUCUGUUCAGCGGACUAGUACAUGUCUGUUCAGCGGACUAGUACAUGUCUGUUCAGCGGACUAGUACAUGUCUGUUCAGCGGACUAGUACAUGUCUGUUCAGUGGACUAGUACAUGUCUGUUCAGUGGACUAAAGUGACAAUAAGAGGAGUACAGAAUGACUGUUUGAGAGCAUCAAUGUAAAAAGACAAUCUGUCUGUAUCCUCUCAGCAUGUGGGGGAGCUGAGUGUACAAAUGACUUAGUGGUUUAUUAUGUCAAUCAGUUCUAUUCAUUCAUAAUAAAAUAUAGUUUUAUCAAAUCA